UGCAAAGGUUGAAUUUUGUUUACGUUUUCCCAAGUUAUUUUUGACACUGUGUGUAACUUUAUUGGUACUUGUAACAUUUCGCAAUUGGGCUUCGAUAUACAUAUAAGGGGGACACUCAGUAACCAUCACCGAUAUUGUUCGUUUCGUCAACGACAUCACCGAACCUUUAGGCAUUCACGUUUCGCGGUUCAAGGGUCACACAACUAUUAUUGUUCUGCUGCAGAAAAUGCACGACGAAUCGACAGAACGUAGUAGCGCAGCUCCGUCGGCAAGCGGAACAGAGAAAGGGGCGUGCAAGUUCUUCACAGCAGGAAAACGUUGCCGGUAUGGGGAAAGGUGCCGUUGGCGUCAUGCAGAUUCCAAAACCGCCGUUGUUGAGGUCUCCCAGGUCAGUGUGUCCAUUCCGCCAACAACGUCGAAUGACGAGAAAAAUGGAAUCAUAGAAGACAUCUCGAUUGGCAACCCAUCAGUAGCCAAGAGCACUAAAAAUAAGCUGCGUGUUACACAGCGAUCAAGUAACCAGGAUGAAAAAGUUUGUACUUUCUUCCAAAAACAUCACCAUUGUCGAUUUGGUUUUAGAUGUAGAUUUGUGCACGUGGUUCCUAUCAAUGAAGCUAUUGGUCCUGCGAGGUCCAACAACAAUCACUCCAAAUUGGAAAAAAAGACACCCUGUAAAUUCUUUAAAUCUUCUGCCAGCUGCAGAGCUGGUGAAAAUUGUCCAUACUUUCAUGAUUCUCCCGAAGAACACAGUAAACUGUUACAAGAAGAUGUACCUCAGAUUGAAAAAAACAUCAAGACUGUAUCAAAAACACUAAACCAUGAUCAAAAAAGUCAGGGAAAGCCAAAAAAACUAUGUAGGUACUUUGCACGAGGGAACUGCUCGAUGGGACCACAAUGCAAAUUUCGCCAUCCACAAAAUCUAAUAGAAGAUGAUCCAAUAUCAAGCAUAGAUGGAGUGGUGCCAGCACCUGCCAAGCUACAUAGACCAAAAGUGGUUCGCCCCACAGUGAAUUUGAAAUUGAGCCAAUUACCAGAAGCAGAAUUACAGAAACUUAGAACGACAGAAAUUGAACAGUUGAAAAAAAGAUUCCGGAAUGAAAAAUUCGAUGUCGUAGAAGAUGAAAAUAUGACUAUUUAUAAGGUUGUAUUUUCACCUACUGAUCCUGAUUGGCCUUUUGAUGUGAGGGAUUUUGACAUCAGUGCCUCUUUUCCUGCUACUUAUCCUAAAGAACAACUCUCUGCUAAGUUUAAAAUGGAAUACUUACCAGAUAUUGUGCUCAGACAUAUGAAUACAGAGGUAGAAGACUGGAUAAUGCAAAGACACAAUGAUAACAUAAAACAAGAUAAAGUUGAUCUGAUGUUCAGGCCAUUCUUAAGAUGGCUAGAUAGGAAUCUGGAAAGUAUGUUUACCAACGCAGCUCGAAAGUACAAGAUGGAAGUUGUUGCAAAGGCUGCAGGUUUUGAGUUUAUCCCUAGUGAUCAUUUAGCCACAAGUGAUGAAAAAGCAGUGAUGCCAGAGGGGGAACCGACAGAUAGGAAGGAUGAAGGCUUGACAGUUCUACGGAAAUCUGGUUUUAAGGCUGACAAUGAUAUGGAAAGUCAAGAACUGAUUAAAAUGGAGGAUUUACAAAUAAAACAACGUGAAAUAGACGAGGACGAGGAUAAGGAGAGGAGUGAUUCAAAACAACUCAACGAACAUCGCGGAACAGAGAUAAAGUUACGAGGACUUGAGUUAACUGAGAACACUGCUACCAUGAAUUGUACCAAACUCUCCAUAAGUAUUCAAUGUGUAAAAUGCAAGGGAAAGUGGGAUAUCACCACACCAGCUCAUCGACUCAAUUCGGUGUUAUGUAACCGCUGUCAAACGCAGCAGUUGGUAACAUUCAGGCCGAGUAUAAUGCAUCAGUAUUCAUCUGUCAUGGGUUAUCUCGAUCUGGAAGGUUGUAUUCCAUUUGAUUUGAUCUCCAUUCUUUGCGAUUUCAAUGCCGGCUGCUUCAACUGCUCCAAGGAAAUGGCAUUCACGGGUCUCCAUUUUGGUCAGGCCAAAACUUUGUGGUGCAAACAUUGUCAUAAAAAGAUGAAACUUGUAGCUGAUGCGGUUAAAUUUCUACAACUACAACAGUCUAAGGUAUCGGGAAAAGCACACGUAAUUGAAGUGAAGAAACCCAAGAAGGUGUCCAAAGAUCCGGCCAUUCAGGAAGGGAAACCACUGCCAUUAAAUGGUACCUGCAAGCACUAUAAGAAAAGUUUCAGAUGGUUAAGGUUUCCAUGCUGUGGAAAGGCUUAUCCUUGCGAUGAAUGUCAUAAUGCAGAAGAGACUGAUCACGAAAUGAAACUAGCAACAAGAAUGAUAUGCGGACACUGCUGUAAGGAGCAGCCGUAUUCAUCUGAGAAGCCCUGUAUUAGUUGUUCCAAUGCCAUGACCAAGUCCCGAUCGGUACACUGGGAAGGCGGUCAAGGGUGUAGAAACAAAGUUACCAUGAGCAAGAAUGACAAGCAGAAAUAUACCAGUAGCAGUAAAACAACAUCCCGCAAACAACAAUCGAAGCAACACCCCAAGAAAAAGAGCAAGAGUUGAAGAAAUGAAAAAUUUUCUACGCUCCAGUUAAAGUAUUGGCACUCAAUGAAGGUGCUAGCAAAGUAACAAAUAGAGUUUAACAAUUUACACCACUUUUGUCAUCUUUGAAAUGUAUGAACAAAUUGCAUAUUUAGUUCAGAAUUGACGCUGUACUGAGAGAAAGUUGCAUGUACAGCUCUGGUCAGAUACUGCUUUGUUUUGGUUUACUGAAGAACCAUUGUUAAUUUAUUGAUUGCAUUUCACUCCACCCCCCCUCGAACUCAUUAGUAUCUGACAUGAGAUAAAACUAAUAAGAAAUAUUAAAUUUAAAUGUAAUUAUUUAUCCUGCUAAAAAAAUGCUGUGUCAUCAAUUAUGUAAAAUCAUACAGCCUCUUAUCUUUAAAUAUGAUACUCAACAACUAUUAGAAGAAAAUAAAGUCAUCCAGAAAAUGAUUA